AUGGCUAGUGUUGUGACAGAGAAAGUGAAGCUUCUUGUGGCAUUACUUACCCUGCAGCUCUGCUUUGCAGGAUAUCACAUUGUGUCUAGACUUGCACUAAAUAUUGGUGUCAGCCAAGUCGUUUACCCUGUUUAUCGAAAUUUGAUUGCUUUGCUUUUGUUGAGCCCAUUUGCUUAUCUGUUAGAGAAGAAUCAAAGACCACCCCUCACUUUAUCUUUACUGGUUCAGUUCUUCCUACUUGCAUUACUGGGGAUCACUGCAAACCAAGGGUUUUACUUGUUGGGAUUAUACUAUGCUUCUCCAAGUUUUGCUUCUGCAUUGCAAAACUUAGUUCCCGCUAUCACUUUUGUCUUGGCCUUGGCUUUAAGGCUUGAAAAAGUCAACAUCACAAGGAGAGAUGGAUUGGCAAAAGUUCUUGGAACCAUUGCCAGUGUGGGGGGUGCCACAGUAAUUACUCUUUACAAAGGUCCACCUCUUCUUCACCUGCAGAUGGACCAAACACAUGACACUAUAGAAGUAGAUCAGUCAACAAAAGCGCAAAAUUGGACUUGGGGUGGCAUAUACUUGCUUGGACAUUGUCUAUCAUGGGCUGGCUGGAUAGUUUUUCAGGCUCCUGUGGUGAAGAAGUAUCCGGCAAAACUAACCCUCACUUCGUUUACAUGCUUCUUUGGAUUGAUCCAAUUCUUGAUCAUAGCAGCCUUUGCCGAAGAUGACUUGGAAAAUUGGAAGAUACAGUCACUGGAGGAGCUUUUCAUCAUCCUAUAUGCUGGAAUUAUAGCAUCUGGCGUUGUCAUAUCUCUCCAGACAUGGUGUAUUCAAAAGGGUGGUCCCGUGUUUGUUGCUGUCUUCCAGCCUGUGCAGACUAUUCUAGUUGUAGUCAUGGCAGCCCUAAUUCUUGGUGAUCAGUUAUUCUCUGGAGGGCUUAUUGGUGCAAUUCUCAUUGUGCUUGGUCUAUACUUAGUCCUAUGGGGCAAAAACAAUGAAAAAAAAGUGACUGAGUCAUCCUCACUAACAAACCCCUUACUUAAGGCAGAGCAAGAGAAUAAAGAAAUUGAUGCAGCUCCCAAAGACAUACCAUGA